AUAUUUCCCUUUAGUUGACUACCCUUUUAGACGGGCCUUGAUUUCGCUAUAAAAAAUUACACAUAGAAAACCCACUCCAUGUUUCGAUUGAAUCCAAAUUAUAGAUUCUCUGGAGCCGCUGCUGCAACCAUAUUCAACAAUGAAGCUCAUAACCCUCUAUUUAUCGUCCCAAAGGUCGCCAAUACCUACUUUUGCUUUUCAUCAACCUCGUUUGCGGAUGCUUGCAAGUUAUUCGACGAAAUGUCUGACUUAGAUGUAGUAUCAGCCACUUCCAUAAUAGGAACCUUCUCUAAGCAACACCUUCAUAAAGAAGCCAUAUAUUUGUUUACCAGGAUGCUUUUCAACAAUAUUAGACCCACUGAAUUCACGUUUGGGACUGUGAUUCACUCUUCCACUUUGUUAAAAGACCUCAACAUUGGCAAACAACUUCAUGGCUGUACAAUCAAAAGUGGUCUAAAUUCUAAUGUUUUUGUGGGUAGUGCAAGUUUAGAUCUUUAUUCAAAGUUAAGUACAAUAGAGGAAGCAAGAAAGGUUUUUGAAGAUACCCAUCAACCAAAUGUUGUGUCUUAUACAACUUUGAUAUCUGGGUACAUAAAAAAUAAGAGUUUUGAGGAUGCUUUAUGGUUGUUUGAAGAAAUGCCUGAGAGAAAUGUUGUGACUUGGAAUGCUAUGAUUUCUGGGUUUAGUCAAACUGGUUAUAAUGAAGAAGCUGUAAAUAUUUUCAUUGAGAUGUUAAGAGAAAGGGUAAUGCCUAAUGAAUCUACUUUCUCCUGUGUUAUUAUAGCAGCUGCUAAUAUAGGUGCUAUUGGUAAAGGCAGAAGCUUGCAUGGUUAUGUUUUUAAGUGUUUGGGUGAUAAGCUUAAUGUGUUUAUUGGCAAUGCUCUUAUUAGUUUUUAUGCUAAAUGUGGAAACAUGGAAGAUAGUCUCUUGGUUUUCGAUAAACUUCGAGGACGGAAUGUUGUUUCUUGGAAUGCUUUAGUAUGUGGUUAUGCUCAAAACGGAAGAGGAAUCGAAGCUAUCGAGUUAUUCGAACGAAUGAUUGUAAGUGGUUUAAAGCCUAAUGAUGUUACAAUUCUUGGUAUGUUAUGGGCUUGCAGUCAUGCCGGUCUUGUUACUGAGGGCUAUUCAUAUUUCAAUAAGGUAAGACAUAAAGAACCUAACUUGCUUAAACCAGAGCAUUAUGGUUGUAUGGUGGAUAUGCUUGCUCGGUCUGGGCGGUUCAAAGAAGCUGAAGAGUUUAUUCAACGGUUGCCUUUUGAACCAGGUAUUGGUUUUUGGAAAGCACUACUCGGUGGCUGUCAGAUUCACUCGAAUCUGAAACUCGGGGAAUUUGCAGCAAGAAAAAUCAUGGCAUUGGACCCGGAGGAUGUUUCGUCAUAUAUAAUGCUGUCUAACGCGUAUGCUGCCGCGGGCAGAUGGGAAAUUGCAUCAACGGUGAGGAAAGAGAUAAAAGAGAAACAAAUGAAGAGAAUUCCGGGUUGUAGUUGGAUCGAAAUAAGAAACGAAGUUCAUGUUUUCCUCAACAAGGAUUGCAAACAUUGCCAGAUAGAUGAUAUCUAUAGAGUCUUGAAGAUUUGUAUACAGCAUUCAUUGGACUGUGAAGCUGUAAGCAUUUUAAUGGAGUUUUCCAUCUAAUUGGUGCCAUUUGGACAUGAACAUAUAUCGAGAACGAUCGAUGGGAUAAACUAGACUUGGGAGAUUCAGCAGGAUAUGAGAUCAAGUACUAAAUUAUUUGAACCUUUGGUAAUUCGGUUUCGAAUUCGGUGUUGCUGCUAACAUCAAAACAAACAUUCGAUAGCCCCUGCAGGCAGUCUCGAAGAAGAAAUAUUACUGUAGUGAACAACAAACCUGACAGCACCAAUGUAUUAGAAAACGAAACUAACUUCAGUUUGAAGAUAAAUUUUUUUGCUAUUUCCAUGGUGUGCAAGGUGGAUUCAGUAUUCAUACUUCAGUUCAUCUGCCUUGUUCUAUUAAGCUUUCCUUUGCUCGUUCCCAGCUACAAGCAUACAUACAUACACACACAAACACCUACGUACAAGUGUGUGAAGUGUUUACAGAGCAAGUGCUAAAGCAGUUGCACAUGAUGGUACUAUUAGCGGGUCUUAUACAGAAGCAUUUGCAUCUGUUCUUUUGCUUUUGAGACAAAGAUCUGUGACAUGACAGACUUAUCUGAUCAUACGACAAAUUUCUGAAACUGACCCUGUCAUGUAUAAAUCUUUCCUCUCCUUGCUCAUUUUUUGUUGUUAUUUAUGCUAUUCAAAUUCAGGGUUAAUUUUAUUCGAUAUCAGAA